UCUGCCUGGAUCCUAAAAACACACCCCUAGGAUCACCUGCGCAGGUAUUAACUAGUUUCUUUUAAAGCCUGUCCAAACUUGUUGGAGUAAAAAUAACAAUCCGUGAACCUUUGGACUAACUCUGUUGAGAAAACAAAUAUCUGCAAGAGCUGCGAACAAGUGAAAGUAAAUGCUUAAAAAGGAGAUUUUUCUGCUCUUCUGAAAUGGCUCGUCGGUAUUUCCUGACUUAUCUCACCCUCACCUCAUGCCUAGUUGCAGGACAGUCUCCAGAAUAUGCACUGCAGGGGGGUGAGGUGUCCUUAAAGACAGACGUCACUGGACAACCUGAUGGAAUUCUGUGGAAACAUAAAGGCAACAAAGUGGUAGAGUUUAAUGGCCGAGAGGAACAGGUCUACAAACCAUUUGAAAACAGGGUCACUGUUGACUGGUUCUCUGCAGGUAUCCAAAUUACUGACCUCAGGUUUGAAGACAGCGGAGAGUAUGAGUUGGAACUAGAACUUAACAAAAAGUUGCAGCGUUUCUUUUAUCAAUUGGAAGUCAUUGACAAGAUCGCCAAGCCCACCAUAUCCUGUGAGAUCAACGAUGACAGCAUCGGUAACAUCUCUGGAAAGCUGCUGUGCUCUGCAAAGCCCGGAAGACUUCAAUCCUUAAAGAAGUUGGAGUGGAGAUCUCAUGGAAGCGUGCAGCCUGGCCCAGAGUUUAACAUUCCUCUGGGGGGUGAACAUAAUGAGGAAGAGUACAGUUGUACAGUCAGCAACCCUCGGAGUAGUGAAACAGCUACAUUCACUGCAAAGGAUUGCUACCCAGUAAAAAGCUCAUCUGUAGGACUGACUGCCGGCCUUGUCAGCUUCUUUUGUAUUCUCCUCCUUGGGGGUCUUCUGGGCAUAGUUUUGUACUGCAAACUACGCCAUAAAGCAUGUUUUGCAAAAGAUGAUCCUGAAAAACAGUCACGAGUUGUUCCAAAAAAAGCUGUUUCAGGGGAAGAUGAGAAGAAAGCAGAGCGUUCUGAAAGAAAGUGUGUUCUUCCUAACAGAGAAUCCACACUACGCUCUAACCAGCCUCUUCGCAAUUUGAAUCAAGCUGUUUCAGGGGAAGAUGAGAAGAAAGCAGAACGUUCUGAAAAAGAGCGUCUUCUUCAUCACAGUGACUCCACACUACCCUCUAACCAGCCUCUUCGCAAUUUGAAUCAAGAUCAUAAUAUGGAUAAUCAAGAAGAUGAUAUGCAACAAAAAGGGAACAUCAAAGAGCUCAUAAAAUACCAUGAACAAAACAAAUCUGGACAGACCUACGGAUCACAGAGGGUUCAAAAGCCAAGGGAUUUCUUUCCAAAAACCAAAAAAAAAGGAAGUAAGAAAACUGCGUCUCCUCGUUCUCCUCCUCAUCUUGGAGAUGAAGAUGCAGACAGAGAGCAUCUAGAAGAAAAAAUCCAAGCCACAAACUCUGAGGAGGCAGAACCAAACCCCGCUGGUGUGUCGGACGUCCCGAGUGAGGAGACGCAGUCUGACCCGGAACCCUCCGUUCCUGAACAGACAGAAAAGAACACUGAAGAAAAAAAAACUGCAUCUCCUCCUUCCCCUCGGCAUAAUGAGUCACCUUCUCUGGAUCAGAGUCAUGUUGGAGCUGAAGAUGCAGACCAGCACAGAGAGCUUGCAGAGGAAGAAACCCCACAGGUCCACAACUCAGACUCUGAGAAAGAAGAUCCAGACACAGCUGGUGUGUUGGACACCCCGACUGAGGAGACGCCGUCUGACCUGGAAUCCUCUAUCGUUCCUGAGCAGCCAGAAAAGAACACUGACCAGCAUGAGAAAACUGCAUCUCCUCCUUCCCCUACACAUAGUGGGUCAGCUUCUUCUCUGGAUCAAAGUCAUGUUGAAGAUGAAGAUGCAGACCAGCACAGAGAGCUUCCAGAUGAUAAAAGUGACCCCUCAGACUCCGAGAAGGCAGAUCCAGAGUCAGCUGAUGUGUCGGACGUCCCGAGUGAGGAGAGCCGGUCUGACCUGGAAUCCUCCGUUACUGAACACACAGAUCAUAUUAUCGAUAAUCAAGAAGAUGAUAGUCCAAAAAAAGGGAUAGUCCAAGAGCGCAGACAAAUAUUUGAAACAAGCGAUUCUGGACAGAUCUAUGGAUCACAGAGGGGUAUUAAAGGUGGGGUAGGAAAUACCACUGACGAGCAUGAGAAAACUAUGGCUCCUCCUUUCCCUCCAAAUAAUGUUGGAGCUGAAGAUGCAGACCAGCACGGAGAGCUUGCAGAGGACGAAACCCCACAGGUCCACAACUCAGACUCUGAGAAAGAAGAUCCAGGCACAGCUGUUGUGACGGACGUCCCGAGUGAGGAGACGCCGUCUGACCUGGAAUCCUCCGUUCCUGAACACGCAGAGCCAGAGAAGAAAGAGGAUAAGGCUGAGGAAAAGCAGUCUGCUCCUGCCAGCGCUGAGGCUUUCUCUCCUGCUCAGCCACCUGAGGACAGUACUUUUGAACACAAAGAAGACGCCAACUCUCAGGUCACUAAAGAAACUAAAGAGAAGAAUGUCAGAGAGUCUGACUCAUCGGGUGAGGAGGAAAGAAAUGAAUCGGACGACUCUACCGAAGACGAACAUUCGCCCACCCUUCCUGAACACAAAGGGUUAGAAACAACACUACAUGAGCAAGAUGUUAAAGCCUCAGAAGAAGAAACACACACAAGCCAAGAUAACAAGCAAGAGGUCAGUGAAACAGUCCAACCGGUUUCCGAAGAUGGAAAUACAACAGAAAGUGUAGGCGACUGUAAAGAAACAGAUAAGGAACCAGAUCUGUAUUUAGCCACCUCCCAGCAAUCUCAGAGCCCCACACCUAGCAAUACCUUUCAAGAGACUCCAGACACUGCAGGAGCAGAGCCAGAUCAAGCAGAAGAGGAACUCGAAGGCCAUGAUAAGUCUAAGGUGCAGUCAGAUAAAGAUAAGGGUGAAGUUGUUGAAGAUAAACAUGAGGUGGAGUGUGGUCUUAAAGAGGAAAAGCCAGGCCAUGAAAGCCUUAGUGAGGAUGAAGAAGAACAAAAGAAAGAUACAGUUGUUGCUUAGGCCUUCAGGCAACUUGGCAAAUAUGAAAGGUAGAAUUCAAGAUGGAAGUUGAUAAUAAAAGUGCAGGUGUAAACACAACACAUCAGCAGGAAAUGAGAUCAAUUCAACGAUUUAAAGGACUAUUUAGGAAUUUAUAGACAGUCAAAAUGUAGAGAAAUACCUGCUGUGGUAUUGUAGAAAGACAUUGAAAAGAUGGACAUACAGUACAGCAGGAAAAGAAGCAGACAAUUAGCAAGGAGGGAAAAAGUGGUUAAUUCAAAAGUUAUUCAAAAUAUCAAAAUGAAAUCAGUAAUACUAUCUUUCUACCUCCGUAACAUGCAGUGAACAACAGAGAUAGCCAUCUCUCAGAGAGCUGGCAUGCUCCUGAAUUACUUUAUAUUAUUUACAUGUUUACUUGGCAGUGUGCAGGAGGUGACGGGGCAGAGCACCAGGGUGUACAACCAACACAUUUGUUGCUUCCUUUUUAAGAUAACCCUACUUCUCUUAUUGUUAACUAUAAAGUUAUUUUAAAUAUUAUUCAACAAGUGUUAGAUUAACAGCUGCAUUGGUUUUUCAAUUGUUUUAAUUGUUUGUCUUUUUAAACGAUAUAACUUAUCCACUAAUAACUCUACAUAAUAUGUUUAAUGUUUGAAUCAAGGUAUUAUACAUAAGAAUGUAUAACUCUAAUCAACUUAACAGCAUUAAUCUUGUAAAUGUUAUAUUGUGACCUUGGAAACAUUUCUAGUUGGUUGUGCAGAGACUGUGACGUGCUCACACAAUAGAUAUUUGCCAUUUUAAAAAUCUUAAAGCUUUAAUGAAGGUGUUGUAGGGGAGUAAAAUCAUCAAACACAAUAAAUAAUUUGUCUGGAUUUAUAAAGGACAAUAUGUGUUUACGAUACUGUAAGCAUAUAACAAUAGAAAAUACAUAUUUGACCUUUCCUCCAAGUAUUGAUAACGUUUCAUGUUUUAAUUUAUUUGUAUUGAGACCAGCUUAUCACUUCUAAUAUUUGAAGUGUUUCGGAGCUUAGGGUAUAUCUCACAUUAUUAACUUUUAAUGAUUUAUAUGAUAUUUCCAUGCAUGACACUGUUAGAUUUUUUUACUAUGUGUUUUUUACCUUUCUAACGCUUGAGUUUUUGCUGAUGAUAUUGUUUUAGAAAUGUUUCACUGUCCUGGUUAGUAAAGGCAUUUUCAUUUUUAAAUAAAAGCUCAGAUUCUGCA